AUGCCCUUUGUAUCAACAUGGAAACAAGAACUUUUCGGAUCCACUGAAACCCAGGCCAAUACGCCAAGUGACGCACCGAAUACAUCGCCUAGCAGUACACCAAGUGAAGAUCCGACCAAUGUGCCAAGUGAAUCUCCUAGCGCAUUCCCUUCCAACGAGCCAAGUUAUGCACCGAGCGCAUUGCCUUCCAAUGCACCAAGUGAAGCUCCGUCCAACCAACCAAGUAAGUCUCCUAGUACAUGGCCCUCCAAAGAGCCAAGUGACUCUCCUAGCGCAUUGCCUACCAAUGAGCCAAGUGAAUCUCCAAGUGCAUUGCCCACGAACGAGCCAAGUAACUCUCCCAGCAAAUCGCCCUCCAAUGCCCCAAGUGAAGCUCCGUCCAGUCGGCCAAGUCAGUCUCCUAGUACUUUGCCCACAGAUAGGCCAAGUGAUGCUCCGAGCAUAUCGCCCUCCAAUGCACCAACUGAGGCUCCGACUGUAUCGCCCACUACUAGUCUAGUUCCGACCACAGCACCAAGUGCAGCUCCGACUGCAUCCCCCACCGUUACUCCUCUCCGAGUGGCCUGUGCGGGGGAUAGCUUGACGCUGGGAAGAAGCGGAAAUAGUGGUGCUUCCUACCCUACCCUUCUUCAGAGAUUGUUGGGCACCGGCUUUGGAGUCCGUAACUAUGGAAGAAAUGCUGCCAACGCCAUGGACGGUUUUGGCAUACCUUACAUCGGUACACAUAACUUUGGAUUCUCCAUGGACUUGAAUCCUGAUAUCUAUUUGCUCAUGCUGGGAACAAAUGAUAUGAGGUUUUGGAAGGCUGCCAGUCACAGGUUUACCGCGGGUAUGAAAGCGAUAAUAAAACAAGUCAGAGCAGCUUCACCCGGCGUCCGAAUCAUAUUGGCGAUACCACCAUGGGUCCAGCCAAACGAUUUUGGAAUCUCUAACGACAUUUUGCUCAACGAUAUUCAACCAAGAAUACGAGAGGUGGCAUGGGCCCAACAAAUAGAAUUGGUGGACAUGUACAAGCCGACUGUCAAUCAACAUGACAUGUACAGUUCCGACAACUUGCACCUCAAUGAAAAAGGAUAUGCAGCGCUUGCUCAAGUUUGGCAGAGGCAGAUCUUGUGCAACAAUAAUGGUGUAUGUGAUAUUGGGGAGAGUUGUGAAACUUGUCGUCAAGACUGCCUUCAACAAUGUAGUGUACCUUAG